AUGCCAGACGCGGGGCCAUCCCAAAUAAUAGUAGCACCAGUCCCCGAGAAGGAUACCCUUGAACGAGUCGCUCCCAUCUCCAACGGAACGUCCGAAGAAAAUACCACCGAAAUCAUUCACGUAGACGUGCAGCCUGAGCCCACCAACACGCAUGCAAGCACGUCCAAACCCACACACACCAUUCGGAAACUCGCGCCACAGCGUCCAUUUCCAACAGUACCGACGUCCGUGUCCGCGACGGGGCCGCGUUCCGCGCACGCAGAAGGCAAGAACUACAUUUGUGUAACGCGCAAAACGCAGUUGGGCGCGUAUAUGAGACGGUGCAAGGACGUGUUCAUGAAGGAUGGGUACAGGACCCUACAUUUGAGUGCAAUGGGUGCCGCCAUCCCUCACCUCAUGCAACUCGCGACGUCGCUGCCGACCAUUCUACCGUUCGCGCCAGACGAGGUUCACACGGAAGUUCUGACUGGAACGGUCGAAGUGCAUGAUGAGCUGAUACCAGAGGACGAUGAUGAAGACAUCACAUUCCGCACGCGAGGCAAGUCGAGCAUCAGCAUAGUCAUCAAGGUUGGGGAUGGCGUCGAUGAGGCACCUCAGCGCGGAAAGAGCAAGAGGAGAGGAGCGCUGCCACAGAAUACAGUUGCAGCAGCUGGUGGUAAUUCACGCGGGGGAAGGAAGGGGCGGCCAAAAGCGACUGGGGAUAUCAGACAGACCGUCGCAGUCUCCAACGAGAUGCCCACUUGA